CACAUACAGGCCUUCCCCCCCUCCCUCUCUGCGCGUGGACCCCUGUGGACGUGAGCCUGUGUGUGAGUGUGUCUGUCUGUCUGCCACGCACUGCUGCACACGCGCAUCCACCAAUUUCGCAAACCCUACGCAUAAUUAGGGAUUAGCUGGGCACGUCAGCCGCCGCCCGGCCCCCUUGCAAUGGAGAAAGCCUCCCGCGCAGCGAUCGGCAAAAUGCGAGCUUAGACGUUUCACCCCCUCCUCUCCCCCCCACGGAAUCUAUCGUCAGUUGUCCACGUGGUGGUCAUUGCACGUCGAGGAAGAUGUUUUGAUUCUUUGAUGGCUUUCACAUCGACACAUGGUGCUGCGCAUUCAUUCUUUGUGGCGUCUAUGUGCUGCUUUCUGGGUGCGCGUCUGUCACUGGCUGCCGAGCAAAAGCUGAGACCACUGCUUGGCUUCUGCAACGGGCCACAGAGGCGGCGGCGAGGGCCGACGUGCUUCGCUGCCGCUGCUCCCGAAUACAAGGUACGUACCGCAUCACGGGAAGGAGGCACCUGUGCACUGUCCUCUGUGUCAUGGCUUUGCCAGCUUCUGGAUUUGGUGAAGAUCUUCGGCCGACUGGUGAGUACUGAACAAGAGGCAAGUUUGGCCUGCCCUCCGUUGCUUCUCGUCUGUCCAUCCAUCCCUCAGGCCGAGCAUGAGCACCGCAUCUCCACCCAAGCGCUGCUGACGGCCCGAUACGCACCUGAAGACCUCCAGGGUAGAUUCGAACCAUACAGCACCGGCAUCGGUAAGAAGCAAGCAAGAGAGAGCAGACAGACGGACGACAGGAUUGUCUGCGCAGCUCCUAUGGUGGACUGGCCUGAUGGCAAGAGACCGCACUCACGGUGGCAUCUGCUCUAUCGAGUGGGCGAUGAGGGCAUCACCCGACAGAACUUCUUCGCGAGGCUCCCGCCACUUGCAUGUAGGCGAGUCGAGCCACUUGUGCUCGAUAGAUAUCUUUUCCGUCAUUCCUUUGUGGUGUGUGUCACUUGUCAGUCAAAUGGCCAGUUGACAUUGAUGGCGACAUCAUCGCACCGGACGCCGUCCUGCAGCUGGCAUCGAGGCGGCGCAAUCUGCAGCAGGCGAUGGCGAAAGGCACACACGCCCAGGAAACCGAGCAAAGCCAGUGGGCCGAGGAGAUGGGCGGCAUCCUCGACAGCCCGGAGGAGGAAAAGCGGCGGCAGCAGCUGCUCGAGACCUCCGAGAUGGACGCAAAGACGAAGGACAGGGGGCCGUUGUUCCCCUUCUUGUGGCCGUUCUGGGAGGAUGACGGUGGGGAGUCCCAGACGGAUGCGACGGCGGAGGGAAGGUCGGUGCCGUCCACAUCGCCCUUCAGACGGCUGCUGAAUGCUGAGGUGUCGAGAAUGCCCAUCUCUGCCAACGCCAUGGCUGCCGUCUGGACGACGUAGGCGCAAAAGACAAGGAAGACCAGGAUGCUUGGUGCGUGACAUGGAUGAGUCUGGGUGUCCAUGGAUGUGUGCAGGCUGAGCCGCGGUGAAGUGUACCUAAGCCGCGAGCAGGUCGCGAGACGGCUCAGGCGCAUCAGCAGAGGUACUUCUGUUAGUGCGGAUGUGUUUCGUUGCGGAACCAUUAUGGAUCUCUCGUCUUUGUGAUGCAGGUGCCCCUUUGCUGGGGUUGGACCAGUUUGUGCAGACGGUCUUGGAGGAGACGUUCAUUCCUCCGUCAUUCGGGUUGGCUGACCUGAGGCGGGCCAAGGACGCAGAGGGUGUGGAUGACCCGAGGCUUGGUCUGUUGUAGACUAUGAGGAUGUGGCUAACAAAGGACAAAGGAUACUAGCUUUUUGUCGUCGUGUCUGUGUACAGUUGUCAUGUGUGUUUGACUGUGUGAAUACUCAUAUGCUUUUUGGACGGCAACUGCCGUGGCUUAGACGACACCGACCUCUCUCUCUCCUUUUCUUUCGUCGCCUGUGUCGGUUGAGUGAGUGAGUGAG